AUUGAUCACAGUGUUUUCCGUUUGCAUGUCUUGAUAACUUGAAAGCUCAAGAAGCAAGCCAUGGUUCAGGCCAAGCACAAGAAGCCCCAGCCCAAGAGGAAGCAAUCCCAUGCCGCUGUAAAGAAGCAAGGAAAGGAAGCUGAUUUAUCACACUUCCGGUCUCAACUAGACGCGUUAGGUUUAAAAAUUGUUCAAAUCACAGCAGAUGGCAAUUGUUUCUUCAGAGCUCUAGCUGAUCAGCUUGAAGGAAAUGAAGAGGAACAUACAAAAUAUCGUCAUAUGGUGGUGCAAUAUAUAUUGAAUCAUCGUGAGGAGUUUGAACCAUUCAUCGAGGAUGAUGUCCCCUUUGAUGAAUACUGUCAGUCCAUGGAAAAGGAUGGUACAUGGGCAGGACAUAUGGAGUUGCAAGCAGCAUGUCUUGUUACCAGAGUGAAUAUCUGCAUUCAUAGAGCUAUGUCCCCCCGAUGGUACAUAAGGAAUUUUCAAGGUCAAGAAGCGAGAAUGAUUCAUUUAUCUUAUCAUGAUGGUGAGCACUAUAAUAGUGUCCGGCUACGUGAAGAUUCUUGUGAAGGACCAGCUAGACAGAUCAUCAUUAAGGCGGAUACUGAUAUUUCUGUCCCCAGCCAUAACAAGAAAGUGGCAACAUGCCCGCCAAAAGGUGCAAGUCAUAAAUUUGUCUCGGACAUUGGAUCUGUCAAGAUGGUAAUGGCCGGUACAGGAUGUGAAAAUUUUGAUAAAGCUGAGCAGGUUUUACAAGAAGUAGGUGGGGAUGCUGAUGCUGCAAUUGAGUAUUUGAUAGCAGAACAAGAAAUGAAAGAAAGUGAGAAUGGUGACGAAGACAUUUCCUCUGAAAAUAAUAUUUCUAAUGGAGCCAAUCAAAUUAUGAACUCUGAGCAACUAGAGGUGCCGUCUGAAAAUGUAACAACAGCACAAAAUUCAUCAGAUAGUGACACUCAAUCAGUUAAGGAACAAAAAGUUCAAGUUGUUGAUAAGAAAAUAUCAAGAAAUAAGCAAUGUUCUUGUGGGUCAAAGAAGAAGUACAAGGCUUGUUGUGGUUCAGGUGUUGGAAGGACUUCUGCAGUAACUAUCAGCAACACGAAAUGGACUUCAAAUAGGGACAGAAAAGAAAGAAAGAGUGGUCGGCGGAAAGAGGCCAUUGAAGUACCAGAAAGCGGAACUAAAACCCAACCAGAUCUUGGUGCUCUUUGCAUAUGAAAAACCACUUGAGGCGGUGUACUGUAUAUCUCAUAGGUUGACCUGGGACAAUGACCGUACAAGGCGAAGAUGUGAUGAAUUAUUGUCGAAAUUACGUCUGUCAUUCCUGUGAUGUCAUUAGCCAUUUUCGGCUUUCCGAGGAGAAAUGAUUGAUUACCGAUCGGACUGAUUCAUAUCAAUUCAGUUUGUGUGAAUCAUACUUGUGCAGCCUCAUGUGUUGAAACUGGAGUGAAUGGCAUUACAUUAUGUGUUAGAAAUGAAGUGCUUGAUGUAUGAGCUCUUUUUCAUAUUGAUCUAUAACUUGUUUUAUGGUGAUUUUCAAGUUACAUUUGCAACAAGUAUAAGUAUCUUCAUGGUUUUCAGUA